AUGUCCACCAUCCAGCAAUUAAAAAACUUUAUUCGGCACGGCAAGCAAGCCCGCGCCCCCAACGAAGAGCCCGCCCGAAAAGUCGAAUCCUCGCCCAAGCAGACCACGACCAGCGACAAGAGAAAAUCCGCUUCCGAUCCUGCCGUCUCACAGUCUACUGCUGCUUCCCAAAACUCUGAACCCGCCGAAAAAGUCGCUCGCAAAGAAGAUCCCGCCGCCAACCCUACAAAUCGACGUGUCGACGACGCCAACCUGGCCAAGCUCGUCGCCGAGGAGAAUGCCUCCAAAUCCAAGUUUCCCCAAUACCCUGGCCUAGAGAGAUGGGUUCUCCUCGAGAAGAUGGGUGAUGGCGCCUUCAGCAACGUCUACCGUGCCCGCGACACCGAGGGACAAUAUGGUGAAGUCGCCAUCAAAGUUGUCCGCAAGUACGAGAUGAACAACAUGCAGGGAAACGAUCGUAUGCACCCAGAAUUCAAGAGGGCGCCCAAGGCUGCAGAGCGCGCCAACAUUCUCAAGGAAGUACAGAUCAUGCGCCAAUUGGAUCACCCCAACGUCAUCAAGCUCAUUGACUUUUCGGAAUCCAAGCCCUAUUACUACAUCGUCCUCGAGCUUGCUCCUGGUGGUGAGCUGUUCCACCAGAUCGUUCGCCUCACAUACUUUAGCGAAGAGCUUUCAAGGCAUGUCAUCGUCAAGGUUGCUAAAGCACUAGAAUACUUGCACGAGGACAAAGGUGUUGUUCAUCGUGACAUCAAGCCUGAGAACAUUCUCUUCAACCCCAUCGAUUUUAUUCCUUCCAAGGUUCCUAAGCCUAGUCAGCCUGGUGACGAGGACAAGGUCGACGAAGGCGAGUUCAUUCCUGGUUUAGGCGCCGGCGGCAUCGGCGAAAUCAAAAUUGCCGACUUUGGUCUGUCCAAGGUUGUGUGGGACAAGCAAACCAUGACGCCCUGCGGCACCGUUGGCUAUACGGCUCCGGAAAUCGUCAAGGACGAGCGCUAUUCCAAGUCUGUUGACAUGUGGGCCCUCGGCUGCGUCUUAUACACCCUGCUCUGCGGCUUCCCUCCUUUCUACGAUGAGAGUAUCGAAGUGCUUACCGAAAAAGUCGCCAAGGGACAAUACACCUUCCUCUCCCCAUGGUGGGACGGCAUCUCAAAAUCCGCCAAAGAUCUCAUUUCACAUCUCUUGACUGUCGACCCUGAGAAGCGCUACACAAUUACCGAGUUCCUAGCCCACCCCUGGGUUCGUGCCAGCGGCCCUACUCCACGAGAAGAGCGCAAAUUCGAAGCUCCGCUCCGCGCCUUUGACCCUUUGAAAUUGGACGAUGGUAGGCGACUUGAUUUCCGCUCUCCGGGAGCUGUCAAUUUGCGAGAAGUUUUUGACGUCGGCUACGCCGUCCAUCGCCAAGAAGAAGAGGCCAAGCGACGUGCACAGAUUGGUGCUCGUGCCGGUCCGGGACGCUCCCUAGGUGGCUUGAACGAGGAGGAUGAGGAAGAGACAGAAGCCGACAAGCAGCCCCAAGCCGGUGCUCGUGUCUUAGAGCAGGGAAUGCGCAAAGCAAGCAUCCAGGAUCAGGACGCCAGCACCCGCGGUAGAGAGCGCGACCGUGCGAGCAACGAAAAGGGCUAUGGCCAACACUCAUCAACCGUCACGGCCGCGGCCAGACAACAAGUCCGCGACCGGAAUCGCAACAAGGGACCGUUUGAACUCAAUCUCGAUAAUGCGACUCUGCUUGGCAAGAGAGGGAAAAAGGUUCCCAUUCUUGGUGCAUGA